AUGCGCCCCGCGCCCGGCGCCCCCCGCGCGGCCCCGCCCCCCGCCCGGCUGCAGCCCCGGUUCCCGCGCGGCCGGAGCGGCUCGGGCAGCAGCAGCGGCGGCAGCGGCGGCGACACCGGCAGCAGCAGCAGCAGCAGCAGCAGCGCGGGCGCCGAGCGGGAGGACGACGACGAGAGCGCCAGCAUCAGCAGGCCGCUGGUGCCCGCCGGGCCCCCGGGGAGCGCCGCCGCCUCCUGCGCCUCCACGCCCACCUCCCCGCGUAGCAUGACCGCCGCCGACCUGGGCGCGGGCGCCGUCGCCGGGGCCGUCGGGGGCGCGGGCGGCGCCAGCCCCGGCUCCUCCUGCCGUUUGUGUUGCUGCUGCUGCGGUCGCCGGGCUCGGCCGGGCCGCGGCGGUGGGCGCCGCGGCUGCGCCCCCGGCCCGGGCUGUCGCUGGGGCUACCAGGCGCUGUCCGUGGCGCUGCUGCUGGCGCAGGGCGGCCUGCUGGACGUGUACCUCAUCGCUGUCACCGACCUGUACUGGUGCUCCUGGGUCGCCACCGACCUGGUGGUCGCGGCGGGCUGGGCCAUCUUCUUCGCCAAGAACAGCCGGGGCCGUCGGGGCGCCGCGCACACCCACCACCCGCACCACCCGCACGCCGCGCCCCUGCACCUGCCCGCCGCCCCCGCCGCCGCUGCCGGGGCUGCGGGAGCCAAGGCGCGCGGCGGCCGCGGGGGCGCGGGCGGCCUGGGGCCGGCGGGGGCGGCCGGCGCGGCCGGCGAGUUCGCCUUCGCCUACUUGGCCUGGCUCAUCUACUCCAUCGCCUUCACGCCCAAGGUGGUGCUCAUCCUGGGCACGUCCAUCCUGGACCUCAUCGAGCUGCGCGCGCCCUUCGGCACCACGGGCUUCCGCCUCACCCUGGCGCUGUCGGCGCCGCUGCUCUACUGCCUGGUGCGGGCCAUCGGCGAGGCGGGCGCCACCCCCGGCUCCGCGGGCCCCCUGCUCCUGCAGCCCCAGCGGCACCGCGCCGCCGGCUGCUUCCUGGGCACGUGCCUGGACCUGCUGGACAGCUCCGCCCUGGUGGAGCUGAUGCUGGACGGCCGCGCGCCGCUGCCCGCGCACCUGCGCUACCUGCUUCUCGCCGCCUACUUCCUCGCGCUCGCCUCGCCGGUGCUCUGGCUCCACGAGCUCCACGCCGCUGCCGCCUCGCCCCGGGGCCGGGCCUCGCGGCCGGGAGGCUGCAGCCGCCUGCUGCGCCUGCUGGGCGGCUGCCUCGUGGACGUACCCUUGCUGGCGCUGCGCUGCCUGCUGGCCGUGAGCUACCAGCAACCGCUCUCCGUCUUCAUGCUCAAGAACCUCUUCUUCCUCGGCUGCCGCGGCCUGGAGGCCCUGGAGGGCUGCUGGGACAGGGAGACCCCGGCGUCCCCGAGUCGGGCUCGGGCAGGCUACGGCGCUCCGCCCUCCGCCCCGUUGGUGCCGGGAGCCCCCCAGCUGGGCCACUGCAUCUCGGAGGACGAGGGGGGCGCCCACGGCUACGUCAACACCCUGGCUGUGGCGUCCCAAAACUGAGGGGUCUGGGGGCUUGCUCUGGAGUUGGGAGACCCCGCUCCCUGUCCUGCGACCUUCCCUCACCCAGACUGGAUCAGCCUCUGUUUGGGGGAGGUAACUGUAAACAGGGCUGAGAGCCAGCGCACCCCUCUGAACCCCUUGGGUCAAGACUGCUUGGAAGGAGCCAGCCGCUGAAGAGACGGAGGAGGGUCGCCGGCUCUCUUCUCCUCUCGACGCCCUUCCCCAAUCCUUCUCUCCAGGGGCGGGGCACCUCUGCUUCUCGCUUCUCCCACCUCCUCUGAUUCCUCUCCCUUGCAGGGCAGAAUGGAGGAAAGGGGGGCCCAGGGCCUUCGGCCACCCCCCUUGCUUGGACGUGCCAGCUUCUUUUAGGCUGUGGUUAGUGGUCCUUGACCCACACCUUGAAAUGACCCAGAAUCCCAGGC